GAGCCCCUCUGGAAAGGCUUCCGGCAGGCGUAUUCUCACUGCCCCUGGGAGCUCUGGCAUACGGUGGGAACAGCCCUCUUGCUGCAUGGCUGGGCCCCAGCUGGUGCCCCGAGGGGCAUGCAAUGGCCACUCUCCUCACUCUGGUCUUUGCCAGCUCCCAAAUCAGACAUGCCUGGGACAGCACCAAAUCCGUGGCUCAGAACCUGGCUGAAAUGGGCCUGGCUGCAGACCCCAACAAGGCGGUUCCCAUCCGGAAGAGGCAGCUACCGGUGAUGGGAGUGGAGGGGGCUGGCCAAGAGGAAGGGAAGAGAAUCGUGCAGAAGCCUUACGUCCUGGCUGAGCUGGAGUACGAGGCCAGCCUCCCGGAGAAGAAGUCAGAGACGCUCUCCAGAGACCUGAUUGAGUACGUGCAGCACAUGAUACGGAACCACGGCGUUGCCAGGUGUUCAGUGUCCUGGGGCCUGCCUCCUGCUGCGAUGGCCCGGGAUGAGAAGAACUACUACCAGGACACGCCCAAGCAGAUCAAGAGCAAGAUCCGUGUGUACAAGCGCUUCUACCCCCAGGAGUUCCAGGCUUUCACUGCAGCCCUGCAGCCGGAGAAGAUGGACCACCAGUGA